AUGGGGGAGGGUUUUGACCAGAAAACGUAUCUGACCGAGUGCGGAGGUAAGAUACAAAGAAGGAAUAUGUCGCCUCCAAUGAGGACCGUGUCAGGGCCCAAGCGUGACGGCCAGGCCACCACAUCAGCCCUCGUCCAGUCCAAAACUGCUCGAGCCACGUCCAGUCACAAUAAAAGCAGCCUCGGUCACGACGAUCAGCUGGUGGUGCCGGAGCUCAUGGUCCAGCCUCGUCAACCUUGGCAUUCUUUUGUGCAGCUGGAAAACGCAUUCAAAAUUUCAAGCACGGCAUGCGACAGACGACACACUCCGCAGAAAGAAGCUGCAUGCCAAGAUCGGCUUGUCAAUGGAUAUGCCAAAACGAUUGUGUGGAAGGAAUAG